UCCCUCUGACCCUCUGUCCCUCCACUGUCCCUGCACCAUGGGACCUGCCUCAGGUCCCAGCCUGCUAUUGUUGCUACUCACCAGCCUCCCCCUGGCCCUGGGGGAUCCCAUGUACUCCCUGAUCACCCCCAACAUCCUGCGGCUGGGGAGCGAAGAGAUGGUGGUGCUGGAGGCCCACGAUGCCACACAAGACGUUCAGGUCACGGUCACCGUCAGCGACUUCCCAGCCAAGAAGCAAGUGCUGUCCAAUGAAAAGAUCACGCUGACCAGUGCCUCGGACUACAUGGGCAGCGUCACCAUCAAGAUCCCGAUCAGCAAGGAGUUUAAGCCAGAAAAGAAGAACAAUUACGUGAUCAUCCAAGCGUCCUUCGGGGGCGUCCAGGUGGAGAAGGUGGUGCUGGUCAGCCUUCAGAGCGGGUACCUCUUCAUCCAGACGGACAAGACCAUCUACACCCCAGGCUCCACAGUUUUCUAUCGGAUCUUCACCGUGGACCACAAGUUGCUGCCCGUGGGCCGGACCGUUAUGAUCAGUGUUGAGACCCCUGAGAACAUCACCAUCAAGCAGGACUCCCUGUCUUCCCACAACCAGGUCGGCAUCUUGUCCUUGUCUUGGACCAUCCCAGAACUGGUCAACCUGGGUCAGUGGAAGAUUCGAGCCCACUAUGAACAUUCACCGAAUCAGGUCUUCUCCACUGAGUUUGAGGUGAAGGAGUACGUGCUGCCCAGUUUCGAGGUCACAGUGGAGCCUGCAGAGAAAUUCUACUAUGUCUAUGACCCAGAGGGCCUGCGGGUCACCAUUACAGCCAGGUUCUUGUACGGGAAGAACGUGGAUGGAACUGCCUUUGUCAUCUUUGGGAUCCAGGACGGCGACCAGAGGAUUUCGCUGGCCCAGUCUCUCACCCGCAUUAUGAUCGAUGAUGGCUCAGGAGAGGCUUUGCUGAGACGACAGGUGCUGCUGGACGGGGUGCAGCCCUCCGAAGAGUCUGCCCUGGUGGGGAAGUCCCUGUACGUGUCUGUCACCGUCAUCCUGCACUCAGGCAGCGACAUGGUGGAGGCGGAGCGCAGCGGUAUCCCCAUCGUCACCUCCCCCUACCAGAUCCACUUCACCAAGACGCCCAAGUACUUCAAACCAGCUAUGCCCUUCGACCUCACGGUGCUGGUGACGAAUCCCGAUGGCUCCCCCGCCCGCCACGUCCCUGUGGUGAUCGAGGGCUCUAAUGCGCCUUCCCUAACCCAGGACGAUGGCAUGGCCAAGCUGAGCACCAACACGGCCGACAGCACCGAGCGCCUGACCGUCACGAUCAUGAACAAAGGGAAGCUUCUGAAGGCUGGACGCCAGAAGCGAGAGUCCGGUCAGGGCCUGGUGGUGGUACCUGUGACCAUCACUAAGGAUUUCAUCCCUUCCUUCCGCGUGGUGGCUUAUUACACCCUGAUUGGCAGCAGUGGCCAGAGGGAGGUGGUGGCUGACUCUGUGUGGGUGGACGUCAAGGACUCCUGUAUGGGCACACUGGUGGUAAAAGGUAGCGGCAAUAAUGACAGGAAGCCUUUACCUGGGCAGCAGAUGACCUUUAAGAUAGAAGGUGACCAUGGGGCCCGAGUGGGGCUGGUGGCCGUGGACAAAGGUGUGUUUGUGCUGAACAAGAAGAACAAGUUGACUCAGAGCAAGAUCUGGGACGUGGUGGAGAAGGCAGACAUCGCCUGCACCCCCGGCAGUGGAAAGGACUAUGCUGGCGUCUUCAUGGAUGCAGGUCUGGUCUUCAAGACCAACAAAAACCUGGAGACCCCCCAGAGGACAGAUCUUGAGUGCCCCAAACCAGCCGCCCGCCGACGUCGCUCCGUGCAGCUCAUGGAGAAGAGGACGGACAAAGCGGGUCAGUACUCGGACAAGCAGCUGCGCAGGUGCUGCGAGGACGGCAUGAGAGAGAACCCCAUGCGGUUCUCAUGCCAGCGCAGGGCUCGCUUCAUCAUCCUGAACGAGGCGUGCGUGAAGGCCUUCCUGGACUGCUGCAACUACAUCACCCAGCUGCGGCUGCAGCAAGCCCGCAACAACCCCCUGGGCCUGGCCAGGAGUGAUCUGGAUGAGGAAAUAAUCCCAGAAGAAGACAUAAUUUCCCGAAGCCAGUUCCCAGAGAGCUGGCUGUGGACCAUAGAAGAAUUGAAAGAACCAGAGAAAAAUGGAAUCUCCACAAAGACCAUGAGUGUGUUUUUGAAAGACUCCAUUACCACUUGGGAGAUUCUGGCUGUGAGCUUGUCAGACAAGAAAGGGAUCUGCGUGGCGGCUCCCUACGAGGUCACAGUGAUGCAGGACUUCUUUAUUGACCUGCGGCUACCCUACUCUGUGGUCCGCAAUGAGCAAGUGGAAAUCCGAGCCAUCCUCUACAACUACCAAGACACAAAGCUCAAGGUGAGGGUGGAACUCCUAUACAAUCCAGCCUUCUGCAGCAUGGCCACCGCCAAGAAGAACUACCAGCAGACUCUGACGAUCCCACCCAAGUCGUCAGUGCCAGUGCCCUAUGUCAUUGUGCCCCUGAAGAUCGGUCUACAGGAGGUGGAGGUCAAGGCCGCAGUCUACAACUUCUUUAUCAGUGACGGUGUCAAAAAGACCCUGAAGGUCGUGCCAGAAGGAAUCAGAGUCAACAAAACUGUGGUUGUUCGCACACUGAAUCCACAAGGUGCAGGGGGAGUGCAGAGAGAAGAGGUCCGUCCUGCAGACCUCAGUGACCAAGUCCCAGAUACAGAGUCUGAGACCAGGAUUCUCCUGCAAGGAACCCCGGUGGCUCAGAUGACAGAGGACGCUAUUGAUGGAGACCAUCUGAAACACCUCAUCGUGACCCCCUCGGGCUGCGGGGAGCAGAACAUGAUCAGCAUGACGCCCACGGUCAUUGCUGUGCACUACCUUGACCACUCCGAGCAGUGGGACAAGGUCGGCCUGCAGAAGCGGCAGGACGCCUUGAAGCUCAUCCAGAAGGGUGUGCCCCCUGGCUCUCUGGAAGACCCCCCGAGCUCGGCCUUCGCGGCCUUCCAGAGCCGGGCGCCCAGCACCUGGCUGACCGCCUACGUGGUCAAGGUCUUCUCUCUGGCCGUCAACCUCAUUGCCAUAGACUCCCAGGUCCUCUGUGGGGCUGUCAAAUGGCUGAUCCUGGAGAAGCAGAAGCCCGACGGAAUGUUCCAGGAGGAUGGGCCCGUGAUACACCAGGAAAUGAUUGGUGGCUUCCGGGAGAAAAACGAGAAAGAGGUGUCCCUCACAGCCUUUGUUCUCAUCGCGCUGCAGGAGGCUAAAGAUAUUUGUGAGAAUCAGGUCAACAGUCUGCCAGGCAGCAUCAAUAAAGCAGGAGACUUCCUCGAAGCCAGUUACCUGAAUCUGAAGAGACCAUAUGCUGUGGCCAUUGCUGGCUAUGCCCUGGCCCACUUAGGCAAGCUGGAGGGUUCCCACCUCAUCAAGUUUUUGAGCACAGCCAAAGAAAAGAACCGCUGGGAGGAACCUGGUAAGCAUCUCUACAACGUGGAGGCCACGUCCUACGCCCUCUUGGCCCUGCUCCUGCUUAAAGACUUUGACUCUGUGCAUCCUGUCGUGCGAUGGCUCAAUGAGCAGAGAUACUAUGGUGGUGGCUAUGGCUCCACUCAGGCUACCUUCAUGGUGUUCCAAGCCUUAGCCCAAUACCAAAAGGAUGUCCCUGACCACAAGGCUUUGGACCUCGAGGUGUCCCUCAAACUGCCCAGCCGGAGUUCCCCGGUCAAGUACCGCCUCGUCUGGGAAUCGGCUAGCCUCCAGCGGUCAGAAGAGACCAAGGUAAAUGAAGGUUUUACAUUAACUGCUGAAGGAAAAGGCCAAGGCACCUUGUCGGUGGUGACAAUGUACUAUGCCAAGCUCAAAGACAAAAGCACCUGCAAGAAUUUUGAUCUCAAGGUCAGCAUAAGCCCAGCACCUGAAUCAGUCAGGAAGCCUGAAGAUGCCAAGAGGACUAUGGUCCUUGACAUCUGUACCAGGUACCUGGGAGACCAGGAUGCCACUAUGUCAAUCCUGGAUAUAUCCAUGAUGACUGGCUUUGCUCCUGACACUGCAGACCUUGAUCUGCUGAGCACUAAAGUCGACAGAUACAUCUCGAAGUAUGAGCUGAACAAAGCCUUCUCCACCAAGAGCAAUCUCAUCAUCUACCUGGACAAGAUCUCAAACUCCGAGGAAACAUGCAUAUCCUUCAAAGUUCACCAGUACUUCAAUGUAGGGCUUAUCCAGCCUGGAUCAGUCAAGGUCUACUCUUACUACAACCUGGAGGAAACCUGCACCAUGUUCUACCACCCAGAGAAGGAUAAAGGAAUGCUGACCAAGCUCUGCCACAAGGAUAUGUGCCGCUGUUCUGAGGAGAACUGCUUCAUGCAGCACCUGGAUGAAAAGAUCACUGCGGAGUACCGGCUGGAGAAGGCCUGUGAGCCGGGAGUGGACUAUGUGUACAAGACCACACUGCAAAAGACGGUGCUGUUGGAUGACUUUGACGAGUACACAAUGCUCAUUGAGCAGAUCAUCAAAUCAGGCUCUGAUGAGGUGCAGGUUGGACAAACUCGCACGUUUAUCAGCCACAUCAAGUGCAGAGAUGCCCUGAAGCUGAAUGAGGGGAAACACUACCUCAUGUGGGGCGUCUCCUCCGACCUCUGGGGAGAGAAACCCAACAUCAAGUAUAUCAUCGGGAAGGACACCUGGGUGGAGCAUUGGCCUGAGGCAGAAGAAUGCCAAGACGAGGAUAACGAGAAACAGUGCCAGGACAUCGGCGACUUCACGGAGAGCAUGGUCGUCUUUGGUUGCCCCAAUUGACGACCUACCCCAUGCACUGUCCUUCCACCCCCCACCCCUCAAUAAAGUUUCAGUUAUAUUUCACUGUC